AUGUCCCAUCCCUACCUAAUCUCAAAAAUAGCAGACCCCGUCUUCGCCCUCAUAAUCGGCUCAACAUCCGCCGUGCUCAGAAUCCAGCGGGACAUGCGCCAUGAAUCGGCCCAGUCUCAGACCAGUUCGCCACCUGGGAUUACAGCUACUACGGCUCCCGCAAAGACGGAGGAUGUCUCGCUUUCAAAGAUCGCGGAGAUUGGGGCCAGGAGGGUUGGGAGGUGGUGGCGAGGGGAGUUUCAGGGGUUAUAG